GUCACCGAACCUGCUUGAAAUGCAGCCGGGGAGCCGGGGCGGGCGGCAGCGGUGGUGGUGGCGGCGAAGGCAGCGGCAGCUCCGGCGCCGCGGCAAGCACUUGGCGGGCUGAGGUGCGGCGGCGGCGCGGGGGUUGCGGGGCACGGCGGCCGGAGCCCCGGGCCCGCCAUGGGCCGCCCAGAGCUGGGCGCGCUCCGGCCGCUGGCGCUGUGGCUGUUGCUGCUGCUGCUGUUGCAGCUCCAGCAUCUCUCCGCAGCGGAUCCGCUGCCCGGCGGCCAAGGGCCGGUCAAGGAGUGUGAAGAGGACCAGUUUCGGUGUCGGAAUGAGCGCUGCAUCCCCUCGGUGUGGAGAUGCGAUGAAGACAACGACUGUUCUGACAACAGCGACGAGGACGACUGCCCCAAGAGGACCUGUGCAGACAGCGACUUUACCUGUGACAACGGCCACUGCAUCCCGGAGCGCUGGAAGUGCGAUGGCGAAGAGGAGUGUCCUGAUGGAUCUGAUGAAUCGAAGGCCACUUGUGCCAGGGAAGAGUGUCCCGAUGAGAAGCUGAGCUGUGGACCCAGCAGCCACAAGUGUGUGCCUGCCUCGUGGCGUUGCGACGGAGAGAAGGACUGUGAGGGCGGAGCGGACGAAGCCGGCUGUCCUACCUUGUGCGCCCCGCACGAGUUCCAGUGCAGCAACCGUUCCUGCCUGGCCUCUGUGUUCGUGUGUGAUGGCGAUGAUGACUGCGGUGAUGGCAGUGAUGAGCGCGGCUGCUCGGACCCGGCCUGCCCGCCCCGCGAGUUCCGAUGUGGAGGAGCUGGUACCUGCAUCCCUGAGCGCUGGGUCUGCGAUGGCCAGUUUGACUGCGAGGACCGCUCAGAUGAGGCUGCCGAGCUUUGCGGGCGAGCGGGCCAGGAGACCACAGCCACGCCUGCAGCCUGCGCCCCCACGGCCCAGUUCACCUGCCGCAGUGGCGAGUGCAUACACCUGGGCUGGCGCUGCGAUGGCGACCGCGACUGCAAGGACAAGUCUGACGAGGCCGACUGCUCACCACCGGGACCCUGCAAUGAGAACGAGUUCCAGUGUGGGGAUGGGACUUGUGUCCUUGCAAUCAAACGCUGCAACCAGGAACACGACUGCCCAGACGGGAGUGAUGAAGCCAGCUGCCUGCAGGAGUCAACCUGUGAGGGUCCCCGCAGAUUUCAGUGUAAGAGUGGCGAGUGCAUGGACGGCAGGAAAGUGUGUGAUGGUCAGAGGGACUGCCGGGACUGGUCGGAUGAGCCUCAGAAAGAGUGUGGGCUGAACGAGUGUCUGCACAAUAAUGGCGGUUGUUCCCAUAUCUGCACUGACCUCAAGAUUGGCUUUGAGUGCACAUGCCCAACAGGCUUCCAGCUCUUGGAUAAGAAGACCUGUGGCGACAUUGAUGAAUGCCAGGACCCAGAUGCCUGCAGCCAAAUCUGUGUGAAUUACAAGGGCUACUUUAAGUGUGAAUGCCACCCUGGCUAUGAGAUGGAUGCACUGACCAAGAACUGCAAAGCUGUAGUUGGCAAGAGCCCAUCUCUAAUCUUCACCAACCGACAUGAGGUACGAAGAAUAGACCUGGUGAAGCGGGACUACUCGCGUCUCAUCCCCAUGCUCAAGAAUGUCGUGUCACUGGAUGUGGAAGUAGCUACCAAUCGAAUAUACUGGUGUGACCUUUCCUACCGCAAGAUCUACAGCGCCCCCAUGGACAAGGCCAGUAUCCCGGACGAGCAGGUGGUCCUCAUUGAUGAGCAGCUGCACUCUCCAGAGGGCUUGGCGGUGGACUGGGUCCAUAAGCACAUCUACUGGACAGACUCAGGAAACAAGACCAUCUCAGUGGCCACCCUUGAUGGCCGCCGCCGAUGCACUCUCUUCAGUCGUGAACUCAGUGAGCCCCGAGCCAUUGCCGUUGACCCCCUGCGAGGGUUCAUGUACUGGUCUGACUGGGGAUUCCAAGCAAAGAUUGAGAAAUCUGGGCUCAACGGUGCAUACCGGCAAACACUAGUUUCAGACAAUAUUGAAUGGCCCAAUGGAAUCACCCUGGACUUGCUGAGCCAGCGUUUGUACUGGGUGGACUCCAAGCUGCACCAGCUGUCCAGCAUUGACUUCAAUGGAGGCAACAGAAAGAUGCUGAUUUUCUCCCCUGACUUCCUGAGUCACCCUUUUGGGAUAGCUGUAUUUGAGGACAGGGUAUUCUGGACAGAUCUGGAGAAUGAGGCCAUUUUCAGUGCAAAUCGGCUCAAUGGCUUAGAAAUCUCCAUCCUGGCUGAGAACCUCAAUAACCCUCAUGACAUUGUAAUCUCCCAUGAGCUGAAGCAGCCAACAGCUGCAGAUGCCUGUGAACUGAGCGCCCAGCCCAACGGCGGGUGUGAAUACCUGUGCCUUCCUGCUCCUCAGAUCUCCAGCCACUCCCCCAAGUACACAUGUGCCUGUCCUGACACAACGUGGCUGGGCCCAGACAUGAAGAGAUGCUACCGAGCACCUCAGACUACCUCAACUACAACGUUAGCCUCUGCCAUGACAAGGACAGUACCCACCACUACCAGAGCCCCUGGGACAACCAUCCAAGACCCUACCUACCAGAACCACAGUACAGAGACACCAAGCCGGACAGCUGCUGUCCCAAACUCAGUUAGUGUUCCCAGGGCUCCCAGCAUCAGCCUGUCUACCCUAAGCCCUGCAACCAGCAACCACUCCCAGCACUAUGGGAAUGAAGGCAGUCAGAUGGGAUCAACAGUCACUGCUGCUGUCAUUGGGAUCAUCGUGCCCAUAGUGGUGAUAGCCCUGCUGUGUACGAGUGGGUACCUGAUCUGGAGAAACUGGAAGCGGAAGAACACCAAGAGCAUGAACUUUGACAACCCAGUGUACAGGAAGACAACAGAAGAAGAAGAUGAAGACGAGCUUCAUAUAGGGAGGACUGCUCAGAUUGGCCAUGUCUAUCCUGCAGCAAUCAGCAGCUUUGAUCGCCCACUGUGGGCAGAGCCCUGUCUUGGGGAGACCAGAGACCUGGAAGACCCAGCCCCUGCCCUCAAGGAGCUUUUUGUCUUGCCGGGGGAACCAAGGUCACAGCUGCACCAACUCCCGAAGAACCCUCUUUCCGAGCUGCCUGUCGUCAAGUCCAAGCGAGUGGCAUUAAGUCUUGAAGAUGAUGGACUGCCCUGAGGAUGGGACCACCCACUUCGUGCCUCAUGAAGUUCAGUCCUAUGCACUACUCUCUUUGGAUGGAUGGUGUGUGACUGGAUGAAUGCUAUUUCUAUAUAUGGGUCUGUGUGAGUGUGUAUGAAUGUGUGCGUGUAACUUUUUUUAAAUUUAUGUUGCGAAAAGGUAACCACAAAGUUAUGAUGAACUGCAGACAUCCAAAGGAUGUGAAAGUUUUUAUAUGUAUAAUGUUUUAUACACUUUUUAACUGGUUGCACUACCCAUGAGGAAUUCAUGGGACAGCUACUGCUGAGUGACUAACAUGAUGUAUAUAACCAAACGGGGGCCAAUGGUACAAACUUUACUCAUCAUUUGAAUACUAUAUUUACAGAGGAUGUUUGAUUUGAGGGCUUUUUUAGGUUUGAGGGACUUGGGGUUUUUUUGUAAAUAAAAUUAUGCUUUGUGGCUAUCCAUCAACAUAAGUAUAAAAAGAACACUUCAACUCCCUUCCUCAUUUAGAUUAUUUAUUAACAUAUUUCAAAAGUAAGGUUAGCUCUAUAAAUAAUUUAGAGAAGUGAAAGUAUUUAUUUUUGGUAUGACUGGCCCACUGCACAGACUCGGUGUUUAUGUGUGUAUGUUUGUAUGAGAGGAAGAAAAAAUCUGUAGAGAAGAGGCACACUUAUGACUAUUGUUCAAAUACAUAAAACAAAGUUGUUUUACAACAGUCCACAAGAGGGGUAUCUAGUUUUCAGAGACACCGUCAGAAACUUCAUUCAGAAAAUAGAUGCCACAGUUCACACAGACAUGUGGCGGGAAAGGUAGAUCUUUUCACCUCUGGCUACUCCCGAGGCCUUGGUGAGCCAGUAAGAAGCUUUUGAGCUCGUCCAUGGCUGCCAUGACACCCACCUAGGCUUUCUGAUAUAGAUGCCACUGAUACACAGUGCCAGAAGCCCUCAUGAGCUCACAAUAGCAGAGCUCAGCGAGUCCUCUUAAAGUUCAGUUCUUGGUGGGGACUCAGGCUGGCUUCCUCUGAAGCUCCUGAAGGCUGAGCCUCUAGAGCAGCAGUUCUCAACCCAUGGGUCACAACCCCUUUGUGGGUCAAAUGGCCCUCUCACAGGGUCACCUAAGACUACUGGAAAACACAGAUAAUUACAUUACGAUUCAUAACAGUAGCAAAAUUACAGGUAUGACGUAACAACAAAAAUAAUUUUAUAGCUGGGGGUCACCACUACAUGAGGAACUGUAUUCAAGGAUCGCAGCAUUAGAAAGAUUGAGAACCACUGCUCUAGAGCUAAGUGAAGACAUUUCUAGGAUUCCAAAGUUGACUGUAAGAACUGGCUCAGGCACUGAACCUCUGAGUUGCUGUGGAUGAGGACAAAGGUUUUGGAAUAGGUUUGAUUACAUCUCUAUUUCUCCAUCCCCUUACUUUAUACCAUUUUCUUAAGUAGGGGAAAUAUUUUAAAAUAAUAAACAUGUUUCUUACCGUCAAAUGUUCACAUGGAUAAAACUAAGUCCAAAAAUGUGACCAUAUCCAAAGUUAUAUUUGGGGGAGGAAAUACCAUGGGAGAUAUUAUAGCAUAUUGGGCAUGUGUCCACACAAGGAUUUGUUUUACUGCUUUAUAAAUAAAAGGAAAACUCUGGGUAUUUAUAUAGAUCUUUCUUCAUUGUGAACACCACCUUUACUUUUUCUGAGCCUUGGGGGUGGAGUGGAGAGAAAUGCCAUUUUCUGUCCGUGGGAUCCACUGUUGAAACAUAAGCCCAUAAUCCCAAAAGGAAUUCAGUCCCCACUAGCUCUCUCUUCCAAAGUAUGGUCUUUCCGUGAUUCUGCUGUCCUGCCAGUUCACUCCAGCUAAAUGACCAGGGCAAGUGCAACAUGGAAGUAUGGCUUAGGUGGGAGCAGAGGAUAUGUAUCCACCCUUGACAUACCUGGAACUUGACAGUUAAAAUGUCUCCUGUUCUCACCCUCCGGCUUCCCCCAAACCAGUGAAGCUUGAAUGUCUCACAGAUCAUCUGAAGUUCUGCCAUCCUGUUCCUAGGAGCUUACUUUAUGUCACUCGUAUGUUUUCUAACCUUAAAAAAAAAGUUGCUGUGUUCUAAGUAUGGCUGUUAUGUCUGAUGACGUCUUUCUGGUAUACACGUGUUGAUGGUCCUAGACAGUCAUUGGAUAAAUGCAGCUGACCUUGGACCCAUUGCAAACAGUCUCACAAGCAGGUGGCCAACUCCUAUGGAGCUUACUCACUAUAUUCAUUCAAGGAUGGAAAGGAAAGUCAAUUUUAACUGAAGAAAAAUGGUGAAAGUGAAAGCAUCAAAAUUUUACAUAAAACAAGCAGCUCUUUUAAAAAUCUGCUUCCAAAGGAACUGAAAUAACUAACAGUAGUUAAUACAUAGUUUCCUAAGUUUCAGUCAGACCCUUGACUUCAAAAUAAGGUUGAAACGCACCGACUAGGAUUUCCAAAAGAUGACUAAAUUCACAACUCAUAAAGACCAUCUUCCCUGAAUAUGCUUCAACCACAGUCUGAAAGCAGAGGCUAUAGACGCAACCUACAGCAAGCAGACAAGUACACGGAUAGCAACAGAUCAGCAGCAGUCUGAGGAGAUCCACUUCCUCCUAUCACUGAAGACUUUCUGAGCCUCAUUCUGAGGCAUUUCUCAAAUUCUGUGUUGCCUUUUGCCACUGUGCAUCUGUGGCCACAGCCAAUAACAGCCAGAAGGAUGCUCAGUGAUGAAUCACUCAACAAACCAGGCCAGUCCUUUUGUUCUCCCUUCUCCAGAAGACAACCCUGGGCUGCCUGAAACAAGCUAUCAAACCUGCUCCCUCUCCCAGGACUAUCUGUCCAAUGGACUGAGACAGGCCUACCAGAAAUGGCCUUUCUGAGACAAGAAACUAAAACUAGGUUUACUCUUCAGAACGUGUAUGUAUGUACACACAGAGACUGAAAUGGCUUCUGACUUCAAGGAGGAAAAAUAAUGAGAUGGGAUUUAAACUGAUGGCAGUUAAUACUGUUGAGCCCUUCAGUUAAUCUUAUGUAUUCACAACAUACUUAUUCUCUAAACUACCUGCUAGGUGCUAUGUGGGUGCUAGGCAUUGCAAACAUCAAAGGUCAAUUAAAAUGUCUUUCACCCUUUCAGCGCUCACUGCAGUGGAAGAUACAUAUGGAUACAAAAAAAAAAAAAGUAGACUUCACUUAGAAUACUGCCAGGGCAAAACAAAAAAGAUGCGUCAUUUUGCCUGAAAAGAUGAAAAACCGGGUCUUCACAGAAGUGGCCCAAAGCCAAGUCUUAACUAAAGAGCGGUGUUGAGGCUGCUUCUGGUCGCAGAGACAGAGCUGAGACUGAGGCGGGGUCGGCAGCGGGGCUUUAGGGACAGCUUGUGGUCCAUUAUACCUGGACUACAGAGCUCGAGGAGAGGUGACAAGAAGUGGAACUGCUUGGAAAGACAAGUUCAGCAUGAGCACUUUAUAAAAUAACUUCUGAUUUGAUGGAGCAGACCUUUCUUUCGUUGUUUACUGUGUACAAGGGAUCAUGGGAAACUUACUGCCAGCACUUUGAAGGCAUGACAUUUUUCCACCUCAGGCUUCUCAGUGGCCGCAGGGAAUGCUGACUGCUUUUUAUUUAUUUGAAUUGAGAUUCUUGAAAUGAUCAGUGAAAACUAAUGUCUUAACAGUGGGAUGUUCAACAGAAGCAUGCCAUGUUGUCGAGCACCUUUUAGAUUUUUCUCAGCUGUGAGAAAGAAGAUGAUAGAGAUACAGAAUCUGGAAAGAAUAUCCCCCAGUCACAGUAGUGAGGCGCUACUGGGUGCACGAGAAAAGAGAUCUAAUCCCACAGGAAUGCAAAGACCACUCCCAUCCCACCACACACUCCCCAUUUCACAGAACAUCAGUGAGUUAGCAGCUUCUAAAGACGUGGUUCUCUUCUCCAUAAAUGCAUGAGGAUAGAGUGUCAGAGUCUCCUUACACGGUAUUUUUAGGGUAUUUGGGAGUUUGCAGGAUAUGAAGAAUUUAGAAGGUGGAGGAAAUUAAAGCUCCAGCCUUUCAGUUAAUUAGAGGAAGCUUCACUCAGACUGUGCACCAUGUGCACGGUCUUAAGAACUGCAUUUGCAAACAUUUUGUGCUGUCAAAACUAAUUUUAAAAAAGCUACCUGUAUAACUAUAUAUACAUAUAUAUUUAAAGACAAGGUUUUUGAUAGUUUUUUUUUUUUU